AGAAAUAAAGUAAUAUUAAAAUAAAAUACCUUUAAGAGAUAUUAAGAUAAUAAAAUAAAAACCAUUGUAAAAAACCAAUUGGAAGAUUUUAUAAUAAAAUCGCAUCUAACAAAAUGGAUCGUAAAGCAGAGUUGGAACGUAAAAAAGCCAAAUUGGCUGCUUUACGUGAAGAGAAAGACCGUAGACGACGUGAGAAAGAAAUGAAAGAUAUGGAAGAAGCGGCUGGCCGUAUAGGCGGUGGUAUUGGUGUUGAUAAGGAUCAACGGAAAGACUUAGAUGAAAUGUUGUCCUCUUUGGGUGUAGCACCUGUUUCUGAAGUAUUAUCUUCAUUGUCUUCUGUCACAUCUAUCACUUCAGAUAAUUCAAAUACACAAACGCCCGAUGCAAGUCUGCAAACCAAUAUGAAUGGCGUAAAUGGUAGCAAGAAAAAUUCACUUAAUCUUAGCAUCUAUAAUGUGCAAGCCACAAACAUUCCACCUAAAGAGAUGCUUGUUUACUCAAAGCAAACACAAACCAACAGUACUGGAGGUCAUGAACGUGAUGUUCUUUCUUGCCAUUCCUCACCUCUGUCAGGAUAUAUGGAGGAUUGGUGGAGACCACGUAAAGCUCAUGCAACGGAUUAUUAUGAUGAGUACAAUCUUAAUCCGGGUUUAGAAUGGGAGGAUGAAUUCACAGGAGAUGAUGAAGAGAGCUCUCUACCACAUUUGGAUCAUGGUUUUUCAUCGAAGCUACCCCCUGGUUACUUAACACAUGGUCUACCAACUGUAAAAGAUGUUGCACCGGCUAUAACACCCUUAGAACAGAAAAAAGAACAAGAGGAAAAGAAAGAAAUUAAGGAACUGUCAGAAGAACAAAAACAAAUGAUCAUAUUAUCCGGAGACUUCCAAAGGUUUGUAUUACGUGCAGGGCGCGUUAUUGAGCGUGCACUCUCUGAAAAUGUAGAUAUUUAUAUGGACUAUAUUGGUGGUGGUGAUAAUGAGGAUGGAAAUGAUGAGCGUUCUCAUGCACGACUCUCUCUGAAUCGUGUAUUCUAUGAUGAUCGCUGGUCAAAAAAUCGUUGCAUCACAUCUAUGGACUGGUCAACUCACUUUCCUGAGCUAGUAGUAGCAUCUUAUCAUAAUAAUGAAGAAAGUCCCAAUGAGCCUGAUGGUGUUGUUAUGGUUUGGAAUACUAAAUUCAAGAAACAUACUCCAGAAGAUAUUUUCCAUUGUCAAAGUGCUGUCAUGUCUACCUGUUUCGCCAAAUUUAAUCCUAAUUUAAUACUCGGUGGCACAUAUUCUGGACAGAUAGUUUUGUGGGAUAAUCGUGUACAGAAACGUACGCCAAUUCAACGCACACCGCUUAGUGCUACUGCACACACACAUCCGGUAUAUUGUUUACAAAUGGUCGGCACACAAAAUGCUCAUAAUGUUAUAUCAAUAUCGUCGGAUGGAAAAUUAUGUUCCUGGAGUUUGGAUAUGUUAUCGCAACCACAGGAUACUUUAGAGUUACAACAGAGGCAAUCGAAAGCCAUUGCUAUUACAUGUAUGGCAUUUCCAGCUACUGAGAUUAAUAGUUUAGUUAUGGGCAGUGAAGAUGGUUACGUUUAUUCGGCUUCACGUCAUGGCAUACGUUCUGGUGUUAAUGAAGUAUAUGAAAAGCAUUUAGGACCAGUUACGGGCAUUUCUACGCAUUAUAAUCAAUCCUCUCCUGAUUUUAGUCAUCUGUUCCUAACUUCUUCGAUUGACUGGACAAUUAAAUUGUGGUCAUUAAAGGAUACUAAACCACUUUACUCAUUCGAAGACAAUUCUGAUUAUGUUAUGGAUGUUGCUUGGUCACCCAUUCAUCCGGCUUUGUUCGCUGCUGUUGAUGGUAGCGGUCGACUUGAUUUAUGGAAUCUUAAUCAAGAUACCGAAGUACCCACAGUAUCAGUAACUGUCGAUGGUGCGCCAGCGCUCAAUCGCGUUUCGUGGACUCCAUCGGGUCUGCAUCUAACUGUAGGCGAUGAUGCGGGUAAAUUAUAUGUAUACGAUGUGGCUGAGCACUUGGCGCAACCGUCACGUGAUGAAUGGUCGCGUUUCAAUGAUACGCUAAAUGAGCUCAAAAUGAAUCAAUGCGAUGAAAUUUAAAUACUUAAUUCUUCAAUGCGAUUAGCGUUGCUAGAAAUUUGCUUUCAUAAAAGACUAAAAUACUUUCACCAAUCUAAUAAUAUAAAUUUACCUAAACAUAAACACAUGUUA